UCGAAAUUGAGAACCUGUUGCCCUUUGAGGGUCUCACUAUGAAGACCUUGAUCAACUGCACUAAACUUAUGCCAGAUGAACGUGUUUCCUGUGUCGGCACCCUCUUGAUUGUUCUUAAACGCAUUUGGGAGUCUAUUGGCCGGAUUAUAAUUUUCAAUGGAACUCCGUAUGAUCUUAAUGCUCUCCUCUACCUUGCGCAAACCUUGAAGGGAACUGAACAUGAGUACCUGCUUGAGUUAUUUGGCGAAGGCUACGUGUGGAUAUUUACACCCUCAACCAUGGCCUUGCUUACGAUUGCUGAUGAAACCCAAAGGCAGAAUGCGCGUGGGACAAUCUUCUUGUCAGAAUUCACUGUCUUCGAAAAAAUCCCAGGAAUGUUCGGUAGGUAG